GAGAGAGGGAGGGACGGAGAAGGAGCGAGAGCGAGAGAGAAGCCCAGAGAAGGAGCAGGUCUGGCGGGGGAGCUGCGUGUUCCCGAGAGAGAGAGAGAGAGAGGCAGUAAAACGAGAGAGUAGAAAUCUCUUGAAGAGGAGGGAGAAAGAGACAGGACAGAGAGUGCUCAACCCAGCUUAACAAAAGAGACCCCGAGCUCAAAACGCCACCCGAACUGCUACCCAGAGGAUAACAUUGAAGCUAUUCCAUAGCUCACACUGAAAGCUCAUCAUGAAAUCUCUCUUGGAAGCCCUUUCAGACACAACUUUCCGGACAAUCACUACCGACCUUCUUUAUAUUGGGUCCAAUGAGGUACAGUACGACGACAGUAAUCUGGGCCUCAACAUGACGAAACUUGGUUACGUGACUCAGAAUCUGCACUCCUCCCUUGGAAAAGGCAAUGCCUACCUGGAGAAAAUGACCUCAGGGGAGGAACUGAUGUCCAACGCUAACCUCCACGAUUCAAUGAAUGCCAGUAGUUUCCUGUACAACCAAUCAAUUAUGAAUGAUGAAUCGACGAUAAAGUGUGGAGAAAACUUCAUGGACAUGGAAUGCUUUAUGAUCCUGACCCCAAGUCAACAGAUGGCAAUUGCAGUGUUGGCAUUGACAUUGGGGACUUUCACAGUACUUGAGAAUGUGCUGAUUCUAUUGGUCAUUAUCCGAUCGCGCAGCCUCAGAUAUAAACCAUCUUAUCACUUUAUCGGCAGCCUGGCAGUUGCUGAUCUUCUGGGCAGCGUGAUUUUUGUGUAUAGUUUUGUCGAUUUCCACGUAUUUAAAACAAAAGACAGCCCGAGUGUCUUCCUGUUCAAACUGGGCGGCGUAACGGCCUCAUUCACGGCUUCAGUGGGCAGCCUCUUCCUGACCGCCAUCGAUCGCUACAUCUCCAUUCACAAGCCCCUCGCCUACAAGAGGAUUGUCACGCGGCCAAAAGCAGUUGUCGCCUUCACGGUUAUGUGGACCAUAUCUGUUAUCAUCGCCGUCCUCCCUCUCUUGGGGUGGAACUGCAAAAAACUGAACACUGUCUGCUCCGACAUCUUCCCGCACAUCGAUGAGAAUUACCUGAUGUUCUGGAUAGGUGUUACUAGCAUCUUGUUGAUUUUUAUCAUCUAUGCCUACGUCUACAUACUGUGGAAGGCCCACGCUCAUGCAGUGCGCAUGAUUCAGCGCGGCACACAGAAGAGCAUUAUUAUCCAGGGGCCCGAGGGCACCAAGGUGCAAACUGUUCGACUCGAUCAAACCCGCAUGGACAUCCGGCUGGCCAAGACGCUCGUACUCAUUCUUGUCGUUCUCAUCAUCUGCUGGGGUCCUCUCCUGGCCAUCAUGGUGUACGAUGUCUUUGGGAAAAUGAACAAGCUGGUCAAGACGAUAUUUGCCUUCUGCAGUAUGCUGUGCUUGCUCAACUCCACAGUCAAUCCUAUCAUCUACGCUCUGAGGAGCAAAGACCUGCGGCACGCUUUCCGCAGCAUGUUCUGCUCCUGUAAGGGAGCCUCGGCCCAGCCAUUAGAAAACAGCCUGGAGUCAGACUGCCAACAGAAGACGAGCUAUCCUGGCAGCAUGCAAACAGCAGCGAGGAACUGCAUCAAAAGCACUGUGAAAGUAGCUCAAGUGGCCAUCUCGGUCUCGACGGAGACAUCAGCCGAGGCUGUGUGAGCAUAGAGAUCUGAAGGAUUAAUGUCGACAAUAAUUCAGAGAAGAUCAAGCCACAUUUCUCUAAAGAUCCCUUAAAAAAAAAAAGCCUCCGGCUGUAUUUCCGACAAUUUGCCAUAACAACACUCGUGUUAACUUGGAAUCUGCAGCAAAAACCAAUUUAGUAAUUGUUUCCACCCACCCGGCUCUCCCACAUCAAAUGGGAGCCAAGCUGUUGAUUUGAAAAAAAUGGUUCACACUGUAAUACUAAAAACAGUAAUAUAUGUGGGGAUAUAGUAAAUCUCAUUAUACUCCUGUCGUUUAGGACACAACUAAGUUAUCUGGAAACCAAGAAGUCCUUUUAAGAAUUUCAAGCAAAUUAAUAUCUGUCACAUGUACAACAAUAAUACAGGUACUUCCCAGAUCUUCCUUCCAGAGAAUCCAAACCAAUUUGCAUUUCAUGGAUUUAUUUUUUUCACAUUUAUGAUACUGCUACUCAGGCCAGAGUCUGAGGUAGCGUUUAGCUUCAUUUCUCAAUUGCAACUGAUCAGAACAAAGCAACAUAUGAGGACACUCCCCAACAAUAUUGUACUUACUGAUCAUAACAAGCCACUUUGGUAAAUUGGUCUAACAUUGAUGUCUUCAGAGACGUACCCCCUCUGAUAUUAAUAUUUCAAAUUACAGCUCAGUGUCUAUUAAAAAUGAAAUUAUGUAUCAAUUAUAUCCCAGAAACUAAGUUGAUUUUGUCUCUUCUUUCUUGGUCAUGUGGCAGAUAUUGACCUGAUCAAUUCAUUUUCAUAUGCAACACUGUUCAUUGCAUGUAUAUAAAAUGAUAGCUUAACAAAUAUAAUAUUGAUAUAAUUCCAAUUGCUUGCUCCGACCUUUUAAAUAUUGGAUGAAGGAACUCACAAAAUUAAAGUGAAUAAUUGUGGUUAUCUAAUAUUAUUAAUGCCAUUGGAGUCAUGGCACGAAUGCCAUGCAGUUAUCCCAUGUGUUUAAUUUUGUAAUCUGAAUUCAGAAUAAUACAUGAAGUAUGGUAUCAAUCAGACAAAACUAAUAAGGAGGAAAUUAAAUAUAAGUAAAUGUGCAUUCACUUAAUAUUUUAAUAGUACCGGUACUUACCAAAAUGUGUUACUGAUAGUUAAAUGGCACCUUCCUUUCUAAAUUCACUCAUUGUUUGCCGUAAUUAGUCAGGUGCUUUUGAGUUCCGGGAGUUUAAUUGCCAGCCACAACUCUAUCUUUUAAAGUCACUGUAAUCUGCUUGUUUGAAAUAGUAUUGUACAGAUGCUGCCAGUAUGGCUUGAUAUAAGCAGAAAGCAUGUGCUAAAGAAAUGACUUCUUUCUAGACUCCACCCUUGAUCCUAAUGAAUGCAGCACAGGUAAACUUGUUUCUUUUUUUAAAUUUAUUAUAGAGCUUUAGAAAUUAUUCCAUCAUUUAAUGUAUGAUGGAAUGAAAGGGGGAGUGGAAAACCCUGGUGACUACUGUCUGACCCAAGAGCAGAUGAAAGAUGUUCAUUACUUUGUGAGGCUUGUCUGCCAACCAGCUUAACUCAAGCAUUUAUAUUAUCUGAGUUAUGUUAUGCACUUGUUUGUCAGUAGGUAUGUUAAUACUACACAAUCAUUUCGAUGUCAAUCAGUUUUACUGACACCAUAUCCUGAAUUCCAAGGAAAAGUCACUCAACGUAGUUGGAGAAAUAAUGUUUGUACUCAAGAAAUUAUGUUGCUGUGUGACUUGUUUUAAGUGAUAUGGGGACUUUCUUUGAAGAAGUUAUUUAUUCACAUGGAAUAUUUAUGAUUGAAUCCUAAGAAAUCAUUUCUCAUGUCAAUAGCUUACUGCCACAAAAUUGGUGUAUAAAGAACAUGUGAAAUUGAUUUAAUUGAACCAUAUUGUAAAGUUAUCUCAGAACUGCAUAUUUAAACACAACUUUGCAGAUGACACUAAAGUGGGUUGUAUCGCAGAUAGUAAAGAUGGUUAUCAAAAAUCACAGCGGGAUCUUGAUCAGUUGGGCAAGUGGGCUGAGAAGUGGAUCAUGGUUUUAAUGCAGAUUUAAGUGAGAUGUAGCAUUUUGGGAAGUCAAACAAGGGCUGCAACUUCCCAGUGAAUGUCACUGCCUUGGGGAGUGUUGCAGAGCAGAGGGAUCUAGGAAGGCAGGUACACAGUUCCUUGAAAAUAACCUCACAGGUAGAUAGGGUGGUCAAGAAGGCUUUUGGUGCAUUGGCCUUCAUCAAUCAUCAGAGUGUUGAAUAUGGAAGUUGGGAUGUUAUGUUACAGUUGUAUAAGGCGUUGGUGAGGCCACAUUUGAAGUUUAGAGGGAUCAUGGGCCAAAAGCAGGCAGGUGGGACGUGUAGAGAGAGCAUAUUUGUCAGCAUGGGCAAGUUGGGCUGAAGGGCCUGUUUCCAUGCUAUAUGACUACGACUCUAACAUAGUGUCAUGUGACAAAGGUUUUGCACAACAUUCAGAGUUUAUAUGUGCUUAUAUUGGCAUGACAAUGUUAGUUGCAAUCUAUUAGCUGACAAAACAUGAGUGUACAUAUCUGAGUGGUUAAUUUGAGCGUUGAAGAUUGUUUGGGAAUGUAUUGAUUACUUAAGAGGAACCAGUUCAUAAAUCAAAAUUAACAUUAUCUGUAAAAUCAGUUACUUUUAUGGAUGCACACCUCUCCAAAUCAAAUGCAAUGGCCAAUGCAUUUAGGUAAUGGUGUCAUAGAAUGGAUAGAGCUCUAGGAAAGGCAUUGCAUUAUGAAAUUAUAAUUCGUUAUAAUUAUGAACUAAAUUUAUUAUCGUUUACUAUUGUAUUGUGUUAAUUGAAGAAGGAAGUCUACUUCGGGCACAGAUGUGAAAUAGAAGGCAUUUUAAAACAACUGCAGCAACACCUUGAUUGAUUAGUACAGGUAUCACGGGUUAUGGGGAGAAGGCAGGAGAAUGGGGUUAGUAGGGAGAGAUAGAUCAGCCAUGACUGAAUAGCGGAGUAGCGGCAUUGAUGGGCCGAAUGGCCUAAUUCUGCUCCUAUCUCUUAUGAACCUUCGCAGUAGAUCUAAACAUAAAGCCCAGAUUGUCUGAAUAUGGAAAGUGGUCUGCAAUUCUCAGCUGAGGAAGACAGUGGAAAGCACACAACUGUGACAUGUUCACAUUAGUAGCAAGUGUGCUUGUAAAUCCAAAUAUGCAGCAGGCUUAUGCAAUAAAUACAAUAGAAAUCUGAAAUUAAAGAAUGCUACUUAGUUAAGUGGGAUCAUAACUUGAGGCAUAAUCAGAAUGUUGUUUAACAGAACAGAAUGUACAUAGUUCUUAACGAAAAACAGCUAAGGAGAUGAAACCAUACAGUAAUUCACAAGCUUCAAAGUCCUGGUAGAAGGAAUGUUUCAAGAACAUAUUUUGCUGUUGCCCUUCAUAUAACCACAAUCAUAGCCAAUACUAGAAAGCCCAUUGUGUUCUUGUCAUCACAUUUUUUGCUGUCAUGGAAAGCAGAAGCUAAAGAAACUUUUUCAGGUUUUGCUUUGAAAAGCAUAUAUACUAACUCGGACUGUCCUUGGAAGCAUAUGACAAGGAAAAGACAGUAGCCCUAUUCAAAUCAUAAAAUAAAAAUGAAAAACUGCAGAUACUGGAAAUCUGAAGUAAAAGCAGAAAAUGUGGAAGCACUAGCAGGUCAGGAAGCAUCUAUAGGAAGAGAAGCAGAUUAAACAUUUCAGACUGAAGACACUUUGGUAGACCUUGGAGGGUUUAGAAAAAGAUAAAGCCAAUUUUAAGGUGCAGAAUGCAUGGGGGAGGGAUGGAUAGAACAAUGGGAAUAUCUGUGAUAGGGUGAGGCCAGGCUUGCUGAGAUGAUGAGGUUCGUAUCCACGAGUUUUAGGAUUAGGUCCAUUUGUUGGAACUUGGAGCAGUGCAGAACAUGAACAGGCCCCUUAGCCCACAAUGACUAUGCCGGACAUGAUGCCAAGUUAAUCUCCUCUGUCUGCAUUUGAUCCACAUCCCUCCAUUCCCUGCAUAUCUAUGUGCCUAUCUAAUAGUCUCUUUUAGAUAUAUUAUUGUAUAUACUAUUGCAUAUACUAGUGUAUAUACAAUACAAUAUAUAGUCAUGUACUCUCUGAAAAAACAAACACUUUUAUGCUAUUUGUCUCAACCAUUUUCUUGGAUAACAAGUUCCCCAUUCUCUCCAUUUCCUGGUUAGUUGAAUUUAUUUUCACAUGUACCGAGUUACAGUGAAAUGUUUUUUUUAUUGUGUGCUCUCCAAUCAGCGGAAAGACUAUCUACUGAUAUGGAGGAUUCUACUGAAUUCCCUGGUUAUUAUAUUGAUGGCUGUGUUAGAUUGAUGGUAUCAAGUUUUACAUUUCCUUUCGAGGGGAAGCAUUGCACAAUAUACAAUAAAUGCAGUUUCGUCCCGUGCACCUUGUAUCCAUUAGAUAUGAAGAGUGGAGAUAAUUCUAUUACCUUUUAUAACGAUUUUUAUCUUGCUGACAAAGUAGAUCUUCUUCUAUUAAAGGCUUCUGAAGGCUGAGCUAAAAUAAAAACUGCAAAUGAUCGAAAUACUCAGCAAGUCAAGCAAUACCUGAGGAUAUUCCAUUGUUCUCAGUUCAGUUUAGUUUAUUGUUACGUGUACCGAGGUACUGUGAAAAACUCUUGUUACGUGCUGACCAGCAGAAAGUCAAAACAUGAUUACAAUCGAGCAAUUUACAUUGUAUAGAUAUAUGAUAAAGGAACAACGUUUAGGGCAAGGUAAAACCAGCAAAGUCCUGAUCAAUCAUAGUCCAAUUCUCAAAUAUUAACUCUGCAUAAGAUGUCUCAACAUGUGUUGGCUGAGUAUUUCCAGCAUUUUUUGUUAUCUUAGAUUUCCAGUAUCUGCACAUUUUUUUUGCUUUUCAAAGAGUGAUCUGAUUUUGAGAAUUUGGUUUAAUCCUUGAAUAUUUUGAAACAUUGGCUUAUCAGUGGUAAAGACUGUCUGACACCCCAAUUGUAUUGGGAGCACACAUUUAAAGCAAGGUGGUUGUUGACCUCAGCAACAUUAUAAGUAGAACAGGCUCAGAUUAGAAUGUUUUGUUUCAGUCAUUGCUUCUGGCUGAGUCACUGAAAUCUUAUGAAGUCCCACCGUUUUUGUUUUCCGCAUAACUUACAUUUAAAAGCCGACAUCUGCCAACUUUUACACACUUCACUGAGCAGAGGCUAGGGACUCCUAAGCACAGAUUGAAGUGCAGCCUUCCUGUUUCUGGGUAAGUGCCAGUCCCAGGAUACCUAUGUUGCACUGAUGGACUUCCCAGGGUGUGCGGUGAGGCUGAGCUGUCUUCCUCCCAUUUCCCAGCUCUUAGUCUGAGAAUUCUACCUGACAUUUCAGCGAUCCAAUGAAAUAAACUAGGAGAAAGCUGGGAAGCUACAGCGCCAGAGACCUGGGUUCGAUCCGGUCUACAGAUCUUGUGCAUUCUCCCUGUGACUGCAAGGCUUAGCUCCGCGUCCUCCGAUUUCCUUCCACACUGGCCGAUCUGUAGGUUAAUUGGCUUCUGUAAAUUGUCUCUAGUCCAUAGCAUAGUGCUAAUGGACUAGAGGGGUGAUGGCUGGUCGGCGUGGACUCGUGUGCCAAAGGGCCUGUUCCCGCACUGUAUCUCUAAAGUCUAAAAAUAAAACUCUAAGGGAAUGGCAAGUGUGCCAAUUAGAUUAAAGUUGGUUAGUUUUAAUGUAUUUGUUAUCAUUUGACAUGGCUGGAUUGGAGAAUGGAGAUGACUGGACUGGAGAUUUAAAUUACUGGAUUAGAAAAUAAGAACAAGAGCUUUUGGAUCUCUGAAUUGGAAAUUGGAUCCCGUAAUGGAGAAAUAUUCCGUUAGGAUGAGAAUCUGUUGAUCAUCAUUAUUAUCAUUCAUGUUAAUUGAUUGAUUCUUUAUUAGCACAUGUGAUAUGUCACAGUGAAAUUCUUUGUUUUACUUACCAUACACAGGGUAUGCAAAGAGUCGCCGUGUAUAGGGUGCUGACAAUGAUACAAAGCGUUCAGCGUAGUUCCAAUUGUUCCCUCUUUGUUCUCCCCC